CCGAAUUACUCCAAUUAACGAAUUGGAAAACAUCAUUUCUUACCGAACUAACUAAAUUACCGAAAAGCAUACCAAAAUCAUGCACGCCCAAUUCUGAUCCUAACAGUCAACAUAGUCACCCUAUUCAGACGUUACAAAACGUUUCGCGGAAUGUCAAAAAAUCUACUGUGAAAACUCUACUGUGGGAGGUCAAUACUCAAAAGAAAUCAAAAAUGAAAAGCUAAAACAUGCGGAGGUUGAUUGGAUCUUCCCGCGCACGGCAAUUGCAGCGGGGCUGGCACUCUCGGUGGAACCGGAGCAGAUUCUUCUCCCACGGAUCCACGAGAAAUACGAGACACUUCCGGAUCAUGUAUGCCUACAUCAGCUAUUUUCUGAGCAAGAUUGUUAACAACAGUAUCCCGAUCGAUUUGCCGGUUAGGUGCAUUGCUCAAAAGCUGACGAACGUCCGACUGCUGGUGAAAUUCCUCCUGGCUGGUGAACGGACCCAUUUUGCAAAGUCUCGUUGGAUUCACCGGAGGGUGUACGAACACCAUCAUUCCUAUGCCCCAAAACAUUUGACUGCAUCGUCCGGAACGAACCUGGGUUUGAAACAGAUGGCUGAAACACUCGAUGCAGGGGAGCAGUAGAAUGUGCCACUGGCGCUGAAUCAACCGUCACAUCUGGUCUAGAUCCUCCCGUAGAAAAAGUCGGCUGGACAGUGGAAUUCAACAACGGAGCCAGGUCAUCACCUGUCAAACGGAAAGCUCCAUUUGGAGGCUGAUUCUGCGAUGCAUGAACACUAGCGUUGUUCUCCAUUUGGUCUGGUCCGUCGAGGUCAUCAUCCCAAAACGGAUUCGAACUGUUUUGUCGAUUAGCCGUUGCCACAGGCUCAGAGAAACCCGUAGAAUACAAGGUCUGCACCCGGGAUGUCGCAAACGGAUUCUGCACUCCUCUCUCCACCCGCGUGCUGGAUGUAACACCCCGAAAAGGCAAUUGAAAUCCUUCGGCCGAAAGUUGGAAUCUCGCAGCCUGGUGAAAUUCAGCCUGCAAGUUAUUUGGUGCCGGGAAGCGGCUAUCCAGUGAGAACCUAGUUUCCCGUCUUGGACUCCCGGUUGAGGCCAUCAUUUGAUCCGCCCAGACAAGACGCUGCGUACGCUCCGUAUUGAUACCUCCUACAGCCCCCUCCAUGGAAUCGGCAGAUUCCGAACCAGGCGGCGUUACCAGAGUCCGCUGAGAAUUCGCAGUACGGUUUUGAUUUAGAUGAUCAUCCACACUGUACUGUACAUUAGC